CAGUGAUCUGCCUCUCAACAAGAUGGCACCUUUCAGCUCUGCUUUACUUGCCCUUUCUCCUAGCCCUGAGCCUAAUGCGCGCCCUGCUUCCCCAGCCAAGGAAGCCGGCUCAGCUGUCCAAGAGGUCCCAGAGACUGAAGAGCAGAGAGUACUGCGUUCUUUGGUCGCGCUAUUGCAGGCAUUGGACACCCAGGUCAAGAUCAUUCCUGGUGAUAGUCCUGACCUGUUUGAGGAUAGAGAGACUUGGACGCGUGGUUGGAGUCAGUUAUCUGCACAAAUUGAGGAGGCUGCCGCAAUAGCGGCGCGUUUGAAGAUAGAACUCGAACUCAACGCGAUUGGGAGGAAGAUAUUGGAGGAAGGUAAACGCGCCUAUAGGAACUUCUCGAAGGAGAUUCGCAAGAUUAAGGAGAGGGCUGUCGCGGAUCCUCUUCCUAGGACACCACCGCGUCCCAAGCGCUUAUUACAGAAAAUGGUAGCGGAGGUCAUUCUACCUGGGAUCAAGGAUAGUGGGGAGAAGCUGGUGGAGCGAUCUGGUGGGCACCCUGAGGUACCUAGCUGCAUGCACUGUCAGGAGAUGGGGCUGAAGUGCGAUGGAGGCCCUGGACAGCGCUGUCCUGCUUGCGCCUCUGCUAGGAGGCUCUGUUCAUUUGCAUGCAAGAAGAAAUCUAAGAAGGCUGCUGUGCCUCGCAAGGCAGGGUCUGCUCCAAAUGUGUCUCUCCCAGCUGGGUCUGUUUCUGGCUCCAUCCGUCGUCCUGCUUCAUCUGCUGCCCUGGACGUCAUGGAUGUUGAUACAUCUGGGUCUGGAGAGUCUGAGGUCGAGGAUAAGGAGGUGCCCAUUCGCGCUAUCAAGGCCCUGCCUUCUCGCACGGUUAAGGCUGACAAGGGCAAAGGUAAGGGUAAGGGAAAGGCAAGCGCGCCUAGUGUUCCUACUGAUGGCGCUGAUGAGGUCGAGAGUGAAGUGGAGCGCCUUAGAGCUGAGAAUGAGCAUCUCAAGAGCAUUAUCCGCUUGAUGCACCAAAGCGGGCGCUCUCAGCAGAGUCGCCUUAUCGCAUUGUCCCACCAGGCCUAUUCCAUGUCCACUGAGUUGGCGCGUUUGGAUGAAGAACUCGCCUUCCUUGAUUAGUCUAUCUUGUGCUCCUGGCGCCAAAGCGCCUUUAGAAU